AGCCCCCCAUACCCACCGCUUGCCAGGCUCGGAAGCCUACGGGGGAGCAGCCGCACAGAGAGAUCAGGCUGGAUCGAAGUACCCAGGGUGACCCCUGACUUUUCUCCACAAGUCUGCUCACAAGGCGCAGGUAGAAGCGAAGCGGCCAGCAGAUCAGGGCCUUGCACAGUCUGAGGGGCUACUUGUUUGCUGCUUGCUGCUUGAACCCUACUGUCUGAAAGCCACAAUGUCACAGUUCAGCACACUGUCUCCCAGAGAAAGGAAGAUGCAAGCAGAUGCUAUUUGUCGAGAGAUCCAUGGUGGCGCCAACGGUGACACUAUGGACCUGGGUAAAAAACUAUGCACACCAAAAGACAUCAUGCUGGAGGAGCUGUCUUUGUCGACGAAUAGAGGCUCUCGGCUCUUCAAAAUGAGACAGAGACGAUCUGAGAAAUACACUUUUGAAAGCAUUCAGAAUGAAGCUAACACAGCGUUAAAUGAGAGUGACGUCCCAGUGGAGACUGUUGAGGGUUCUGAGAGCCAAGGAGACGCGUCAAAAACACCUCCAAACACCCCAGAUAGGAACGCACCGAACCCUGAAGGAAUAGCACCAGGUUAUGCAGGUCCACUGAAGGAUGUUCCUCCUGAGAAGUUCAACGCGACUGCCAUGCCCAAAUCCUAUCACUCUCCCUGGGAGCAGGCCAUCAUCAAUGACCCAGCCCUGGCCGAGACACUCAACCUGAAGAUGCCUGCUCCUGAACCCAAACAGGAGGCCCCUGAUUUUAGAAGCUUCAACAGGGUGGCUACACCGUUUGGAGGCUUUGAUAAGGCCCCCCGGGGCAUCACCUUCAAGGUGCCUGCCCUGGACCUGAACCCGCCUGCCUACCCUGAGCUGCAGGAGCCUGGUGUGAAGAGACCCAGCUUCAACAGGAUGGCACAAGGCUGGAUCUCGGAUGGCACUGCAAUCCUGCUGCCCACCGUGGGCCUGGACCCCCCAGAGAUUCCCGAGUCUGAUGACCUCUAAAGAUGGACACCAAGGAGAACCAAAAACAAUGCAUGGGCUGCAAUCAACCAGAAAAAAAAACAUUGUGCUUGAGCUUGUCCACAAUCUUGUGUACAGAAUUGGGAGGGUUUUGCCUUGUCGGUGCAGGUGUGGGAUCAGUGGAGAUAAAGAAAUUCAGAUCACUCAAAUGAUUUCAGAUCAGUACUGCACAGUCAACUCUCAAGUACGCUAGAACCUUGUGCUUUGUACAGAAAUACUAUUUAAAUACAUUGACAUGGGAGGGGAGUCAACAAUCGGGCCCUAAACGAUGCACUCCCUGAAUGAAACUGGCCCCCUUUGGAAAGAGAAUAUUUUUAUUGUACUGUAUAUGUCCCCUAUUCCUUUGACACACACCAUGUUAGAAAUCACAUCAGAUAAGGGCCUACAUGCCAAAACAAGUGAGUCUACAACUCGCAAAAGAUUUUUAAUGCAAUUUACAAUUACCCAAAUCCUUGUAUUCUCACUGACAUUUAAACCAUUCACAGGGAAAUAUGUUGUUCAAUGACAACAGUAGGCCUACCAACAUACUCCACAGGCUUUUUAAUUUUUUUGACUACAAUUUAUUGUUUAUUUAUUCUUGUGUAUAGUUAUCACAGUUUGGAAAUAAAGAGGCCAGGAUACAAAUCAA